UUAGUGCUUUGCUCAGGAUGCUAGUAUGUUUACUUGCUGGUUAUUAUUAAACACACUUUUUCGACCUGUUUUGUUGUUUUAUUCUCUCUCUAGUGUCUGUGAUGGAAACGCAAACGGAGAAAGGAUCCCAGCAGCUAAUUCAUGUGGAGUUUAAGGAGGACGCUUUGAGCUACAUGGAGAAACUGCUCCUGAAAAAACACCGCAGAGGACAAAUUGAAGAAUUUCAGCCCCGGUCUGUCAUCCAGUGCCGGCCAGAUCCACACUCACCUCUUACAACAGAGAUGGACGAACUGAAUCAAAAACUGACUGCAGAGCGCAUGGAGUUGCAUAAAUACUUUACCUCUCUCUUCACGAUCACUCCCACUGAGCAUGAUGGGAAAGCGGGCAGCCCUGCAAAGUCAUGUGUGAGCAUCGUACAGUUAGAUGAGAUGGAUGCAGACAGAUCUUUUGGAGUCACGCAGGGAAAUGAGAGCAAAAUGUUUAUGGCUGUUGGGAAUGAAGAUUUAUCUGAGGGAGGAGAAUUUGGCUGUUCAGUUUCUUCAACGUCCGUCUCUGAGAUGGCCAAAGGCUCUUUCUUUGAACAUAUUUCUGACAUAAAGAGUAGCUCUUUUCCUGAGAUGUGGCUGCCAUCGCAAGAACCUGAACAGAAUUCAUCUUUAAUGCCAAAAUCUGAAAGCUUUUCACCACUAUAUAUGUCGACAACCUCAGAACCGUUUCUGUCAAAUUCGCCAACAGUAGGCCAGAAAGUAAAACUCAAUAACUUUCCAAAACCAAGCCCACAAACAAGGUCUUCUACAGCACAACAGGAUGAAUGCUCAGAAAGUCUGCAAAAAUCAUCUCCUUUGUCCCUAAAAAACAAAUUAAAUCAAACAUUCAAAGACUCUGAGGAUCAUAUUUCCAUUAUUAGCCACUCUCCUGCCAAAAUACCAUUUUCAAAAUCUUCUCAAUGUCUCUCUCCUGCAUUUCAUAUUCCUAAACAAAGUCCAAAACCUCCAGAUUUUCCAUCCCCAAGAUCUAGAUUGGUCACCUCUCCAAUCAAGCAUUCAAGACCAAAACGAUCUCAACCUUCUCCAGAACUUGCUAUUAAUUCACAAACCUCAGCACGUCCUUCGUUGUGGCCUAGAGAAUCAUCACAAUCUGGUGUAAUCUCUAAUAGAAGCACACCUUCCACUUCUGUCCAUGACUCCAUCAGGUCUACACCAGCGAUGAAAUCCUCACACACUGAUGAACAUGAUUCCCCCUUGACCUCCAAAUGGUUAAAGGGCACAAGGGGGUCACCUAAAACUACAGUACUCUCCCUCCAAUUGAACAUGUCAGAUUCAGAAGAGGAAAUGACAGAUGAAGAUGCUUGUCUGGUGCCCAGUGAGGAAGAUUCAUCUGAUGAAGAACUGAGACGAAUCACAGAUAAAGAUGAACAGAAGAACGCUCUUCCCUCUCCGAGUCCCACCACAACUCCUCCAGCAGAGCCCUAUUUCCCUUCUCCAAACAUCUUAAAGUCAGAACCAAGACUGUUCACCGGAUCUACUCAGGAUCUUCAUUCUGUAUCCCAGAGACAGCACAUCAAACCGGGACAGUAUCAAGAUCUACAGGGGUUUUUCACAUUGGGAUUAGACCCUGGAGUUCUACAGACCAGCCCAAAACCAGCUCCAACCCCUAGAGAUCAGCAAAACCACAUGGAAAGUUCUUUAGUUGUAGGACCGGAGUUUUGGAGAUCCAGUUUUCAGCAUCAUGUAGAGGAAUCACUAGUCACUGGAGUUCUGAACAGACAACCUAUCAGCAGCACUCCUCGUCCAUUCACACCAAACCAUGGCAGAAUGUCAUCACAAAGCCUUUAUUUAUCAGGCACUAUAAGCAGACGUUCUUCCAUCUCUUUGGGUGACCCGAUCAUUGAGACUCGUCGAACGGACUCCUCAAGCCGGCCCCUGUCUUGUGCCGCUCAGGAGAUCCUGGAGGUCCAGACUGUGGAGCAGCUCCAUCUUCAGGACUCUGAUGAAUAUGAGGAGGAUCUCCUGGCUCUGGCCUGCCUUGAGGAAGAGUUCAGGAAGAUGAGCACUACACCAUUAGAGCAGGGUGAGGUCAGACACAACCCCGGAGAUUAGAUUUAUCUGGACCGCUACAACACAA